CCUGAGCUCGCAGUUCCAGGCAGGCAGGACCGCCGGAGUUUACUGACCCCUGAGGUGUUUAUCAGACGGCGACAUGGUGGAGAAGUUGCCCUUGGCGGUGAGUUUUACCGCAGUAAUUCACGCUGUUCUGCUGUGUGCCGGUUUCGGUAGCGCUGAUUUCGGAGAGCGGGGCAUCCCUGCCAUCGCGCACCACUUCAACACCAAGAGCCGCUACGAAGAGGCCCACCCGCUGCUGCUGCGUGACCCCCUGGCCCUGGACGCGGACGCGGUGAAGCCCCCAGCUUCACAGUGCUCUGCCCUCCACCUCACAGCCAUCAUCAGGCACGGCACCAGGUUCCCCACCGCCGGGAACAUCAGGAAGAUUAACGAGCUGCAGAAGUUCGUAAAGUCCCAGGCCAGGGGCGAGCUGAACAUCCUUCCUGCGCUCAGAGCCUGGAAGAUGUGGUACAGGGAGGACAUGGACGGUCGCCUCGUGGAUAAAGGUAGAGAAGACCACCGGAAUCUGGCCCAAAGACUGGCCAAGACAUUUCCCACCCUCCUGACCAAGAACAACCUUCUAGAAAAGAAGGUCAGCUUCAGCACCAGCUCCAAACACAGGUGUGUGAACAGCACCCUGGCUUUCCAGCAAGGCCUGAAGAAGCAUUUUAGUAUCGAAGAGGAUGACUUACAGGAUAAUUACACAGUAAAAGAUGAGCUGAUGCGCUUUUUUGACACAUGCCGUCGCCUGUUGGAGACGGUGGAGAAGAAUAAGAAGGCAGUGGAAGAGGUCACCAACUUUAACGAGGGUCCAGAGAUGAAGAGAGUUCAGGAGAAACUGGCUGACCGGCUUCAAGUCCCAUACGCCAAUAUUACAGCGGACUCCGUGGAGGCAGCAUUCUACCUGUGUUCAUAUGAGUUUACAAUCCUUGGACUGAACUCCCCCUGGUGCAGACUGUUUGAUGAAAAGGAUGCUGAGGUGGUAGAGUACUCUGGUGACCUGAAGCAGUACUGGAAGAAAGGAUUUGGCCACGACAUCAACAGCAAAUCCAGCUGCAUUCUCUUCCAUGACCUGUUCAACCGCUUAGAGACGGCAGCCAAUAAACACAAGUCUGGUGUGUCCGUGUCUGAGGUGGUCGCCGUGCAGGUCGGCCACGCUGAGACGCUGCUGCCCCUCCUGACCCUCCUGGGCCUUUUUAAAGAUAAUGCCAGCCUGACCUCCACCAACUUCGACGAACACCUGAACCGCGCUUUCCGCUGCAGCAGGAACAUGCCCUACGCUGCCAACCUGCUGGUGGCGCUGUGGGACUGUUCCGAUGGCCUUAGGCUGCAGUUCCGUGUGAAUGAGAAACCAGUGACCCUGCCGGGCCUCGAUAACUCCUCUCCUCUGUAUCAGGAGGUCAGAGAACAGUACAAGCAGCUGCUGCAGGGCUGCAACCAAGAAACCGUCUGCCAGAUGAACUCCUGAACUGAGAUAAACACGGACUACACUGAAAAAAAUGUGGUGCAGUGAAUUUACCUGAUUUGGGUUUGUUCAUUAUGUGCACAUGAACACAUGCACAAACAUGAUCAGAUAAUUUAUUAAAUGUUUUAAUACAAUGUGAAUUUGACACCUCUGCACAUUCUAAAGUAUAAUAAUUGUUUUAAAAUAAUUUAACUAAACUGGUGUGUGCAAAAGUAAUGCCACCUCUAUAUAUAUUUCUACUUCUAAAUUCAGAAAUUAAAGAAAUAAAGUGUAUGAAUAUACAAA